AUUUGGAAAGGAUUGAUGUUCGCCGUGAACUCCAGAGUAAACAGAGGUAGAGUGAAAUAACAAACCAGGCGGUUUAUGGCAUCACACUGGUCCGGCUUAAAUAUCCGCCACCACUUCACCGAACCAUACCCUAACAUGAGCGCAAAAUAUAGCGGCGUCAUCGCCACCACCACCUUAUAAACAUCUUCCCACCUUAUCAUUUUCCCUUUUAUUUUCUCACCAACAAAACAGAAUAUCGAUAGCGCUUCUUGGAAUAUUGUAACACUACUGUCAUUAACAACGGUUGAGGGUUGGUAUUUAUAUGCAUGCAAAGAGCGAUUCUAUUCCAUACUGUGGAUUCGUGAAGUCUGUGGAAGUUCUGGGAAAUGUGGGGUUUCACCCGGAAAGGAGUUUAUGGUGAGGAGAAUUUUGCGUUUAAAUUAAAGCAUGCAAGGAAUG